CAGCAAGUGGGGGCUGAUGAACUCAAAGCUCCCAAGGUUUUUUCUUUUUUGACUAUGUGAAUUUUUGAUCACUGAAUAGUAUUUUAGGAAGGGAAUACUUUAGGAAAGCAAGUGGGGGCUGAUGUACUCAAAGCUCCCAAGAUUUCCAUCUUCCUAUAGCUAAUUUCAGCACCGACAAACAGCUCACUGCCCUCAGCUUUUCACUUCGAGGCGUUUGACGGGGGAAGUGGAGGAUUGAUAAUUUCACGAACUGAAUUACCUUGUUUGACUGCCUGGUAUUUGAAAUUGGAACAUUUCUUGGCUUUUAUGUAGGAUUUGGUUAGAGAUUUGGCAAUCGAUAUGAGCAAGUGAAACAUUUGGCUGCUUUGUGUGUUUGUCAUGGAUUGUUAUUCCAUCAAAAUUCAGACACUGCUUCAGAUUGAGAAAAGGAAAUGGGUGUUCUUAGUUGGAUUGGUUGCCCUGACUCAUUUGUUCUGUCAGUCUUUGAUGCUUCCAUAUGGCAAUGCCCUUCGAUCGUUGAUACCCAAUGAGAAGAUCAGUAGAGGCCUCUUAAAGGCAAGUGAAUCCUCCAAAGGAUCUUCAAUCGACGAAACUUUUGAUAAGUUCACUGUGUUGACGUUAGAAAAGAAUUCUCUGUUGUUAAAUGAAGCGAGCUUAGGAGGAGACAGUGCUGAUGAUGAAAAGGAUUCAUCUGAAAAGGACAAAGUGGAGAAGAUCAAUUCUGGCUUGGAUGUUGAUGCUGCCGACGAUGAUUUCAAUUUCUUGGAGGAUGAAACAUUAGGUACUGUAAAUGUAGCUGUUGCCGAGGGACUUAUGUUGCCGGGAGAUGUCACUGAAGCUAAUAAGACACUGCCUGAGAAAAAUAUUGUCCGCGGUUCUGAUAUAUUAUCGCCUCCAGUCGUCUCUGCAGCGAAUCCUUUGAUCAUUAAAGCCGUGGUUCAUAAUGAAUCAUAUCCGGCAGCUAGUUCAUCCAGCAAUGAUAUUAUCGUAAUGUUCAAUGAAACCGCGUUCGCCAAUAGCACUUUGGUUUCAAAUAAGCCUGUCGGGAAGAAGAUCAUGAGGUGUAACAUGCCGCCAAAAACUGUGACCCCGAUUGAUGAAAUGCAGCGGCUGUUAGUCCACCAUCGUGCUCGAUCGCGUGCAAUGCGACCUAGAUGGUCCUCUGAUCGCGACCGGGAGAUUCUAGCCGCGAAGUUAAAGAUUGAGAAUCCCCCGAUUUUGAAGAAUGACCGGGAGCUGUAUCCUCCGCUGUUUCGAAAUAUUUCAAUGUUCAAAAGGAGCUAUGAACUCAUGGAAAGAGUACUGAAAAUAUACGUAUACAAGGAUGGCGAAAGGCCUAUUUUCCAUCGGCCGAUCCUCAAGGGACUUUAUGCGUCGGAAGGAUGGUUCAUGAAGCUGAUGGAGGGAAAUAAGCGAUUCACCGUGAAAGAUCCGAGAAAGGCUCAUCUGUUUUACAUGCCAUUCAGUUCGCGGAUGCUCGAAUACACACUUUACGUACGUAAUUCUCACAACCGGACAAAUCUCCGCCAGUAUUUGAAGGAUUAUUCAGAAAAAAUAGCUGCGAAGUAUCGUUACUGGAACAGAACAGGAGGCGCCGAUCAUUUCCUUGUCGCCUGCCAUGAUUGGGCGCCCUACGAAACAAGACACCACAUGGAGCACUGCAUCAAAGCUCUAUGCAACGCGGACGUGACUUUGGGCUUCAAAAUAGGCCGGGAUGUGUCCCUCCCGGAAACAUACGUCCGGUCUGCCCGAAACCCGCUUAGAGAUCUUGGAGGUAAGCCGCCGUCCCAGAGGCGCAUUCUCGCCUUUUACGCUGGAAAUAUGCAUGGUUACCUUCGGACGAUCUUGCUCAAGCAUUGGAAAGAUCGGGAGCCUGACAUGAAGAUCCUCGGUCCGAUGCCUCCAGGCGUUGCGAGCAAAAUGAAUUACAUAAGUCACAUGAAGAACAGCCGGUACUGCAUUUGCCCGAAGGGCUAUGAAGUGAACAGCCCAAGGAUAGUCGAGGCCAUCUUCUACGAGUGUGUUCCGGUGAUCAUAUCCGAUAAUUUUGUGCCCCCGUUCUUUGAGGUGCUGAACUGGGACACGUUUUCAUUGAUUGUCGCGGAGAAAGACAUUCCGAAGUUGAGGGAGAUACUCGUGUCUGUACCCGAGCAGAAAUAUCUCGCGAUGCAGCUCGGCGUGCGGCGAGCACAGCAGCAUUUCCUGUGGCACUCGAAGCCGAUGAAGUAUGAUCUCUUCCACAUGACACUUCACUCGAUCUGGUACAAUCGAGUUUUCCAGAUAAAAAAUAGAUAACGAUGAUCAUGCAAGAAACAGCUUCGUUCUGAGGUGUAUAUAAACGUGUUGAAAUUGUAAAGAAGGAUGCAUGAAAUAUAUGUAUUUCUUGAUUGCUGAUUUGUGGGUGAUUCUUUAUAUGAUUUUAUUUGGGGGAAAGAUAGAAUGAAACGAAGAAAAUUGGGGCAGAUGGUUCCUAUUUAAAUGCAAGUUGCAGACAAGACAAGACAACGAGUUUUUUCCAA